GCUAUGCGCAUGCCCAGCGCGGCUUCGCGCACGCGCCCUCGGUAGCUUCCCUUGACCUUUGACCCCCGGCCGCCCUUGAGCCCGGGCCGCGGGGCCUGGAAGACCGAGCCCGCGCCCCCGAGACAGAGCGGCCGCCAUGGCCAAGUACCUGGCCCAGAUCAUUGUGAUGGGGGCACAGGUGGUGGGAAGGGCCUUCGCCCGGGCCUUGCGGCAGGAGUUUGCAGCCAGCCGGGCAGCAGCUGAUGCCCGGGGACGUGCCGGACACCAAUCUGCAGCUGCCUCUAACCUCUCUGGCCUCAGCCUCCAGGAGGCACAGCAGAUUCUCAAUGUCUCCAAACUGAACCCCGAGGUGAUCCAGAAGAACUACGAACACCUAUUCAAGGUGAAUGAUAAAUCUGUGGGCGGCUCCUUCUACCUGCAGUCAAAGGUGGUCCGAGCAAAGGAGCGUCUCGAGGAGGAGCUCCGAAUCCAGGCCCAGGAGGACAGAGAAAAAGAGAAGAGGCCCCAAACGUGACUACUUGGUUCCUCCCACCCCACCCUCCACCUCUAAUUUAUAGCUCGGUAAUAAAUGUCUUUUCCGCAUUUCUCAAGUGCGCAUAUCUAGAUUCCAGAAGGCAGACUGCUCUUCCUGCCAGCCAUGUGCGGCAUGCGGCAAGAGGUGGGGUGGGUAAGUUUGGCAAGAAGCCAGCCCGAGUUCUGUCACGUACUAGACAUAGCCACUCCUGCUGUCACAGUGCCAGCACCAGGUCCCUCCUACAGUGUCACCAUCCUUGGGUCUGUCCCUGCCCUUCCCACCAGGAGAUGGAGCCAUGGGUACCCAAGCUUUCCACAGGUUGCCUUUCCACAGCUGGGUUUGACUCUAGCAAUCUCAGUAAUUUGGGCAGAAUGCUUCUUGUAUGGCUGGGGGAAAGAAACCUCUCAUUGCAUUGAGGCCUGGGAGCUGGGUCUUCCCAGGAGCUAAGCCACUCACCAAAGCCACAGCAGGUACUGGCAGGACAAGGACCUGACUGUGAGCUUUGUCCCAGAUCUUGCCUUUCAGGUCCUAGUGGUCCUGCUCCCUCAGUACCUGUCCCCUCCCACCUUGUCCAGCCCUCAGCAGCAGGUUGAAAAGUGAUGGCACCCACAGGAUUGGGAAGAAGACCCAGAAACAGGGCCUCGGUGCUGCAGCCUGGGGUGGGUGACUCCAGAGCCAGACACAGGGCAGUCAGAAGUAGUUUCUUGUUGGGUGGCCCAGCUUCGGGAAUGUACAAGACAGAAACCAUCGUUGCAACUCACUUUUAUUGUUUCUUUAUAAAUUUCCUCUCACAUGGAGGAAUAUAUUGUUAUAGUCA